ACUUGCUGUACCAGCUAAGCUUUGGUUACCGCUACGCAUAGUGGCGUUAUUUGUUCCUCUCCCGUAUGACGUAAGGUUGGAGGCAAACGAUGACAAGAAAUUGAAAGACUUUGAGACAGACUGUUCACCGUUUUUGGAUGCAUGGCUAAAGCAAUAUCUUAAAGAACUUUUAAAGAAGAAAUCAAUUGAAAAAUCUGUCCUUGAAACUUAUGGGUCUCUCUUAAUGAGGGGAAUAGAUCAAAUGAGUGCCUGUAUUGUUUCCUCGUCGAUGCAAGCGGAUAUGGUGUAUCUUGAAUCCAUUUUAAAUGAUACGCGUGAUUCAAGCGAGAUUGUUGGUGAAUUUACAGACAUAAAGACGAUCGUGCAAGGUCACCUCGUGUCCUUGAAAUUGUUUGGGCUUCAAUAUCUAGCCAAAGACGUCGCGAAUUGUGGUGACAUUACUCGUUGUAAAGAAAUUGGAACCGGAAAACACUCAGAAGUGUAUGCAGCAAGAUAUUUGGAGAAAGACGUGGCACUGAAAGUUAUUAAACUAUAUCCCGCUACGAUGUUUUCACGUUUUGCCGAAUUAGAACUAUUCAGGAGCUUGCACCACGAAAACAUUCUGAGUCUUUUGGGAGUAUGUUACACUGACAUGUUGCCAGUCGUGGUUGGAAACGGGAUGAGGGAACAGUUGAGCAGCUUCCGGUUACUUAUCCUCUUCGAUAAAUGCGACACGAACCUGGAAGAAUAUUUAUUUAACAAUCCAAACUUUCAGUGUGGAAAUAUAUCUCAAACAUCCAGAACAGAAGCCUCAGAUUUCUUUUGCCGGACAGGGCAGGCAAUUUGCUCUGCGAUGUUUUAUAUACAUUGGAAAGGAUAUGUGCACAAUAAAAUUCAACUAAAAAACGUUCUGCUUCAAAAUGGAAAAGUGAAACUCUGCGGACCGACGUGUACACCGGAUACUAACAUAGAUAAUGUCACGAAAUUCUUAGCGCCGGAAGUUUUGGCGCAUCAAAACAUUGGUAAACACACAGAUAUAUUCAACCUGGGAACUUUGCUUUGGGAACUUUGGUAUGGAAGGCGGGCAGCUGUCGAUAUGAAUAAGGAGCGAUCAGCGACAAGCAGACCGCAUCCCGACUGCAAUACCAAGCUCGCAAUGCCGGAGAACCUAGCACGUGUUGUACAGAGCUGUUGGGCGCAGAAUCCAGAGGAGAGGCCAGACGCAAGUCUGCUGUUAAAAGAAAUAUAAAUGCUUAUAUAACAAUUUGAGUGAAAGGACAUGCCCGUGAUUGUUCGGACAAUCGGUAGAAACCAUAAA